AAACUAUACCUUUGAUGUCACAAAAUAGUGGGCAUAACCGUAAUAUCAUUAUUAUUGUUCCACCACACAAAACAAGGACAUGGAUUUUGUUUAUCAGAAACAAAUGGCGAGCACUUUGUUGUCCGUACACCACUCUGUUCCCUCACAAAGGAGGGAAAACAUUGGAUACUUGAGUGGUUUCAGGACUUCAUUGUAUGGACAAGUUGUGCUCAAUCCAAAGUUCUCUGGGAGACAAAUAACAGGAAGCCAUGGAAAGCGUUUUGUUGUUAACUCACUGUUUGGAAUUGGAAGGAAGGCGAAGAGUAGAGUGAUCAGAGAGACUGUGAUCCCUGAACCGGAUUACCGGAUUCCAAUUGUACUACUUGGUUUAGCCGGUGGGUUGGUUUACACAGAUAAUCUAGUGCCUGCUGUGCCUGUUGGUCUCCUCGGAUUGCUUCUGUUGUUCCAGACAACUAGAGUGAGAUUUGUCUUUGAUGAUGAGGCUUUGGAGGUAAAGAUAGGCGAUCAGCUCGAUGAAUCAGGCGAGAAUGCUUUUGUCGGAGGAAAAAAUCGCUGGAAGUACUCAUCCUUUGUUAAUUGGGAAUUCUGGUGGCCAAACUUCCCUAUCUUGGUUUACUUCAAGGAAACACAAACAAAACCUGAAGGACAAAUUCACUUUUUUCCAAUAAUCUUUAAUGGGAAGCAGCUUUAUGAUGUUAUGGUGGAAAGAGCUGGUUCUUCAAAAACUAGUGCUCCAAAAGAAUCCUAAAGACUUAGUUGUGUGGCUUGAGCCUCAGGAGUCAAUGUCUCUUGGUAGUAAUUGUCUUGAAUUACAGUUUUGAAACCAUAGAUAUCUUUGGAAUCCUGCAAGGAGAUUUCUGAAGUUUGGUUGUUGAUUGUGGCUAGUGGAAGAUGAUGCAGUGCACUCAGAUGUUUCAAGUUGCAUACAAGUUGAAGCUUGAUAACAAUUCAUUUAUUAUUUAGUCUUGCUAGCACAUAUGCAUAGCACAUUCUGUUUAUUUGACCUGGCCAGUUAUUUACUUUGUACUGGAACAUAUACAAUUUCACAUUACCCAUUUAUAAAUUAUUCAGAUCAUGGUUUCUUCUGAA